AUGUAUAGUCAUAGAGAUCGGGAAGGAGGGCCAUUGGAUCGGAAGCGCAUUAGUGAUGUGCUGGAUAAGCAUCUAGAGAAGUCGCCCUCGUCGACUUCGAGGGGAUUGAAUAGCAAAGACAAAGAAAGGUCCUCCGUUCCUUCAACUUCCACUGAGGAAUCUGAAACAGACAGUGAAGAAUCUGAUGUUAGUGGUUCUGAUGGAGACGACACGUCUUGGAUCUCGUGGUUUUGCAAUUUACGAGGCAAUGAGUUUUUCUGUGAAGUUGAUGAUGAAUACAUUCAAGAUGAUUUCAAUCUUUGUGGCUUGACCAGUCAAGUUCCUUAUUACGACUAUGCGCUGGAUUUAAUAUUGGACGUUGAAUCUUCUCAUGGUGAUAUGUUCACUGAAGAACAGAAUGAAUUGGUUGAAUCGGCAGCUGAGAUGUUGUAUGGUCUUAUACAUGUUCGUUACAUAUUAACUAGCAAGGGAAUGUCUGCUAUGUUGGAGAAAUACAAAAGCUAUGACUUUGGGAGAUGCCCAAGAGUUUAUUGUUGUGGACAACCUUGUCUCCCAGUUGGUCAGUCAGAUAUUCCUCGUUCAAGUACGGUGAAAAUCUACUGUCCUAAAUGCGAAGAUAUAUAUUAUCCUCGAUCCAAGUAUCAAGGAAAUAUGGAUGGAGCUUAUUUCGGAACGACAUUUCCACAUCUAUUUCUGAUGACGUAUGGGCACCUAAAACCACAAAAGCCAACACAAAACUAUACCCCAAGAGUUUUUGGGUUCAAGAUCCACAAGCCCUGAGAUCAUGUAAUAUUUUCUGUAAGUUGUUUUGAGCGGGAUGACGAUUUUAACUUGAGCCUAUCAUGGCCUAACAUGCAAGCUGAAGUGGGAUUCCAUAAAAAAUAAACAGGUAUGGGAAUGAAGAAAUAGCAGAAGGAAUCUGUCUACAAUUAAACUCACAGAGCGUUUGAAAACAUAAUUUACUUUUUUGCUUUUCAUGCGUUGUUGUUGGGGCGGGG